CUUCCUCCCUCGGCUCCGCUCCGCUCAAGAAGCCGCCUCUCCUCGCCUCCCUCUCAAUUCCGUCGAUUCUCGCAGCAAUGGCGGAUUCUUGGAGGACCGUGGCGCUCGAAAUGGCGGCGGUCUGCUUGGUUCUUGGUGGCGGCUGUGCGUGGGCGUUUCCGGCGGAAGAUUUAGUGACGAGGCUGCCGGGGCAGCCACCGGUGGCGUUCAGGCAGUUCGCCGGGUACGUGGACGUGGAUGAGAAGGCUGGAAGGAGCCUCUUCUACUACUUCGCCGAGGCGCAGGAGGACGCCACCAACAAGCCACUCACGCUCUGGCUCAAUGGAGGUCCUGGGUGUUCUUCGAUUGGAGGUGGUGCUUUCACGGAGCUAGGUCCAUUUUAUCCGAGAGGAGAUGGUAGAGGCCUCAGAUUGAACAAGAAGUCAUGGAACAAAGUGUCCAAUCUUCUGUUUGUCGAAUCACCGGCUGGAGUUGGAUGGUCCUACUCAAACACUUCAUCAGACUACAAUACCGGAGAUGUGAGGACUGCUGAUGACCUGUACAGGUUUUUGUUGGGAUGGUACAAGAAAUUUCCCGAGUACAAAUCGAGAGCCCUAUUUCUUAUUGGGGAGAGCUAUGCAGGGCAUUACAUACCACAACUCACUGAUGUACUUCUCACCCAUAACGAGAAAUCAAAGGGUUUCAAGUUUAAUAUCAAGGGAGUUGCUAUCGGGAAUCCGCUUCUGAAGCUUGACAGGGAUGUCCCUGCAACCUAUGAGUAUUUCUGGUCUCAUGGCAUGAUCUCCGAUGAAAUAUUUCUAGCGAUCAGCCACAGUUGUGAUUUUGAGGAUUACACCUUCAGUAACCCCCAUAAUGAGAGCAAGUCAUGCAAUGAUGCCAUUGCAGAUGCAAAUAGUAUUGUUGGGGACUAUGUCAACAACUAUGAUGUUAUUCUUGAUGUCUGCUAUCCAUCAAUUGUGAUGCAGGAGCUGCGGCUGCGAAAAUAUGUGACUAAAAUCAGUGUGGGAGUGGAUGUUUGCAUGACUUACGAAAGAUUUUUCUAUUUCAAUCUUCCAGAAGUGCAGCAGGCUCUGCAUGCUAACAGGACGCAUUUGAAGUAUCACUGGAGCAUGUGCAGUGAUGUGCUGAACUACAGCAAUACUGAUGGCAACAUCAACAUCUUGCCUAUACUUCAACGAAUUGUGGAGCACAACAUACCACUUUGGGUAUUCAGUGGCGAUCAAGACUCUGUUGUGCCCCUCUUGGGCAGCCGAACCCUUGUGCGAGAGCUAGCUCACACCAUGGGGUUGCAUGUCACAGUCCCAUACAGCACCUGGUUCCGCAAAGGCCAGGUUGGAGGCUGGGUGACAGAGUAUGGCAAUUUUUUGACCUUUGCAACAGUGCGUGGUGCAUCUCACAUGGUGCCGUUCGCGCAGCCAGACCGGGCUCUCGGGCUAUUUCGAUCAAUUGUACUCGGGCAGAGACUCCCAAACACAACCCAUCCACCCAUUGACUAAGUGUACCUACAAAAGAAGAUAAAGAUAGAAACAAAUAGCUUAGGUUUUUUCAGUUUUUCUACAGUAGAUAAGCUCAUAAGGGUAUGCAAGUAUGUUGGAUGAUCAAUAAGUUCUUUAUUCUUCAGAAAGAGCAGAAAAAUAAUACUUCCAAGUAUUAUGUUUGUUGUUGUUCCAUAGAUCAUGAGAUUGCGUUCCUGGAAGUCUGGAACACAGAGCAAUUUGUGUGGGGCACCGUGCUAUUUACCACUGCAAUAUGUCAAAACAGUUUUCAGGAAUUACUUUUGUAAGCUCAACAGCAUUUCACUAGUCCAAACAGAUGGCAAGGGUCAUUCAUCGGAAAGGUUACCGGUUCAAGUGUUAUGACGCUUCUUGUACUUGGGGUAAUGGGAUUAGUGUUUUGCUGCUAAUGGUAGUUCCUGACAUGGUAUGCAGUGAGUCUUGAAAUGAAACUUUCG